AUGUUCGACAUCACCUUCUUCGAGUAUCCGAGUCCCUUGGUUUGGUGGCACCUUGUGCUAAACCAGUUUGCUCGUGCUUUCGGCGCCUUCAUCAUUGGCUGCUUCGGGAUGGGUGGAGGGGUCAUCUACGUCCCAGCCCUGCUGCUACUGCCUGGAGUGGACUCGAGCGUGGCCGUGCCCACGUCCUUUUUUGCGGGCGUCUUCGGGGCAACCGCGAGAUUCAUCCAAGCUUGGAGCUCGGGUCGCUGCAAUCUACAAAGCUGGCCUGUGCUGAUGGGUGCAGCGCCGGGGGCUGUGGCAGGCCAGCUACUUCUACCCUAUAUCCCAACCUCCAUUGUGGCUCUUGCUCUGGCAUUGAUUUGCAUUCGCAGUGGAGUGAUGAUCCAAAUUAAAGUUGCGAAGGAACGCGCAGUGAAUGCAGCGAAGCCAGCCGAGAAUGGCAAGCCGAAGGCCCACGGUGGAACUAGUGAAGCUUCUCCAGCGGAGCUCCCAUCGGAGAUCGAGAUCAGAGAGAUUGACGUCAAAGUUGAACAGGGCAACGGCGGCAACGACGGCAACGCGACCGCCCUAGCGAGGUGCACAGCCAAACCAUCGGCCGGCAAGCCCGCUGCGUUGAAUCGCACUCAAUGUGCCGCAUAUUGGUGCUUGCCAUGCGGAACAUGGAUCCCGCAACUGCAAGACCCCGCAGAGGAUCAAACUGAGCAGACCUCGUCCGAGACAGCUACGGCAAGGAAGGCAGCAGAAGUGCCAGCCAUCUCUAGAACACCUCUACUCGCCUCACCUUCCUUACCCACGUCCAUAGCUACAGCCUUCGUCGCAGCUUUGCUCUCGUCUGCUGGGGGUGUUGGAGGACCUUUGAUCUUCAUACCCAUGUGGGUGCAAUUCGCUGGAAGCACGCCGCCAAAGACUCUUUUGGCCAUAUCUACCAUCUUCACAUUCACCAUUACGGUUUGUGCUUGCGUCUCAGGCUUCUUCGUUGGAAAAGUAGAUGCAGGAUUGGGCCUCCUCAGCGGUUUCACGUCCGUGGUGUUUGUUUUAUUGGGCGGCCGCUGCAUGGAACUCCUUGCUGAUAGCAGUCUGAAAUGCAUCACCGGCUUUGCGCUCGUGGCUUUGGGCGCUGCUGUUGGGAUACGAGCCCUGCUUUCCAUGCUCGACUCAGCCUAG